AGUGGAAGUAUAAAUAGGUAGAAAGAGGGAAAAGUGGAGAGAAUUGGGCAAAGCGAGUUGUGGAGAGAAUGAAGAAGAGUUUAAGGUUAUGGGGAGUGGUGUGGUGGUGCGCGUGGUUUCUGAGGGCAACGAUGUUAGUGGGUGGCGAGAGUGCGAAGAACGUGAGGGCCACAUACCAUUUGUAUAACCCUCAGCAGAUAGGUUGGAGCCUGAACACUGCGAGUGUCUACUGCGCCACGUGGGACGCCAACAGGCCCUUGGCCUGGCGCCAGAAAUAUGGCUGGACCGCUUUCUGUGGGCCUGUUGGGCCUCGCGGCAGAGACUCUUGUGGCAAGUGCUUGAGGGUGACGAAUACGGGAACCGGGGCUGCGGCUACGGUCAGAAUUGUGGAUCAGUGCGCUAAUGGAGGUUUGGAUUUGGACGUCAAUGUUUUCAGGCAAUUGGAUACCGAUGGACUGGGAUAUCAGAGGGGUCACCUUACGGUCAACUACAAUUUCCUCGAUUGUGCUCAUUGACUUCGCUCCACUCACUUUUUCUAAUGCUCAACUCAAUCUAUCAUGUAAUAAUAACACCCCAAAAUUAAGUAACCGGUCUUCCAACUUGGAAAUAAAUUUAAAUAAAACAACCACUUAUCCCAA